CACUGGCUGGAAAGUCCUAUUCUUCAGCCUGAGUUCUCAGAGGUCCAGGGGCCAACCGAGAGGAUCUCAGGCAGGGCCCGGCUCUUCUCUGCAGGAAGUGGGUGGGCUGCGGGGCCCCACUCCAGCGCCGGGGGCCAUGGUGCGGAACGUGGAUGACCUGGAUUUCCACCUGCCCUCGCACGCCCAGGACAUGCUGGACGGCUUGCGGCGGCUGCGCUCCCAGCCCAAGCUGGCCGAUGUCACACUUCUGGUGGGGGGCCGGGAGCUGCCGUGCCACCGCGGCCUCCUGGCUCUCAGCAGCCCCUACUUCCACGCCAUGUUUGCAGGCGACUUUGCCGAGAGUUUCUCGGCGCGCGUGGAGCUGCGGGACGUGGAGCCCGCCGUGGUGGGGCAGCUGGUGGACUUCGUGUACACGGGCCGCCUGACCGUCACGCAGGGCAACGUGGAGGCGCUGACGCGCACGGCCGCCCGCCUGCACUUCCCCGCCGUGCAGAAGGUGUGCGGCCGCUACCUGCAGCAGCAGCUGGACGCCACCAACUGCUUGGGCAUCUGUGAGUUCGGGGAGCAGCAGGGGCUGUGGGGCGUGGCUGCCAAGGCCUGGGCCUUCCUGCGUGAGAACUUCGAGGCGGUGGCCCAGGAGGACGAGUUCCUGCAGCUGCCGCAGGACCGGCUGGCCACCUGUCUGGCCGGUGAACUGCUCCAGGUGCAGCCAGAGAGAAGCCGGCUGGAGGCCCUGCUGCGCUGGGUGCGCCACGACCCACAGGCCCGGGCCGUCCACCUCCCCAAGCUGCUCGGCCUGGUGCGCCUGGACGCCGUGCCCAGACCCUGCGUGCAGCAGCUGCUGGCCACUGAGCCGCUGAUCCGGGAGUCGGAGGCGUGCUGGGUGGCCCUGUCCCAGGGCCAUGAUGAGGCACUGCUGGCCCUCCCGCAGAAGCUGGAGGAGGUGCUGGUGGUGGUGGGCGGGCGGGCCCUGGAGGAGGAAGAGGAGGGCGCAGAGGAGCCGGCCCCUCACCCCAGGAACCCCAGGAACUUCGCCUUCUACAAUAGCAAGGCCCAGAGGUGGAUGGCGCUCCCGGACUUCCCCGACUACCACAAGUGGGGCUUCUCCCUGGCCGCGUUGAACAACACCGUCUAUGUCACAGGUGGUUCCCGGGGCACCAAGACAGACACCUGGUCAACCACCCAGGCCUGGUGCUUCCCUCUGAAGGAGGCCACCUGGAAGCCCGUGGCCCCCAUGCUGAAGGCCCGCACCAACCAUGCCAGCGCCGCGCUCAACGGGGAGAUCUAUGCCAUUGGUGGCACCACUCUGGACGUGGUGGAGGUGGAGAGCUAUGAUCCCUAUACAGACGCCUGGACCCCCGUCAGCCCCGCCCUCAAGUACGUCAGCAACUUCUCGGCGGCCAGCUGCGGGGGGAGGCUGUACCUGGUGGGGUCCAGCGCCUGCAAGUACAACGCGCUGGCCCUGCAGUGCUACAACCCCGUCACAGAUGCAUGGAGCGUGAUCGCCUCGCCCUUCCUCCCCAAGUACCUGUCUUCGCCACGCUGUGCCGCGCUGCAGGGAGCCCUCUACCUGGUCGGUGACAACACCAAGAAGGUCUACGUGUACGACCCCGGGGCCAACCUGUGGCAGAAGGUCCAGUCUCUGCACAGCCUGCAUGAGAACGGUGCGCUCGUGCCGCUGGGCGACGCGCUGUACGUGACCGGUGGCCGCUGGCAGGGCAUGGAUGGCGACUACCACGUGGAGAUGGAGGCCUACGACCGUGGGCGUGACGCUUGGACCCGCCACGGCUCCCUGCCCCGCCUCUGGCUCUACCACGGGGCCUCUACCGUCUUUCUGGACGUGUCCAAGUGGACCCAGCCCUUCAGCCCGGCCCAGGAGCACUGAGCAGCUCCUGGUCACUCGGGGGCAGGGCCCGGCUGCACCCCAACCCGAGGGAUGCCCCCUUGGGUUGUGCUGGUUUGUUCACUCGGUGCUGGGCGCGGGCCAUCAGGGACAUCGCCCUCGGUUCCCGCAGCCACCGCACUGACUCCACACUGACCAGCCGCGAGGCUCGGACUCCGGCUGCCUGCACGGAGGGGAGAAGCUGCUCCCGUGCCCACGGCAGGGGAGCCUCAGACACAGAAGCCACAGUCCCCACCAGCUGUCCCACCCCUGGCUUCUGAAGGUGGUGCACAAGGGAGGAGUGGGCCAGGAAGCUGCCUCACAGAGCAAAGGUCCUGGGGUGGUUGGGCAUCAGGCCUCUGUGAGCCUGCUUCUGCCUGGCCCAUAGCUGUGUGACCACAGCCUGCCGCCGCCCCUCUCUGGGCCUCAGGCCCCACGUCCAUCACACUCUGAGAAGGGAGGAGGCAGGGCGUGGGGUCAGGAGAGAGGGUCUGCUGCCUGUGUGGGGGUUGAGGGGAGAGAGGGUGAGCGAAGGUUUCCCAUGGAGGUGAGCGGAAAGGUGUGCUCUGGCCAGGAUCUCCCAUUUCUUGGGGUGGUUUGCUCCAAAUCAAGAAUGAAAGUCCCCAGCAGUGGGCCCAGGAGGGGAGAGGGUGGGGUCCUGCAGGGUUUCUGGGGACGCCUCUUGGGAACAUUGGUGUGUCACUCCCAGGUGCCUCCUAAGCGAGGGUUGAGCCCCGCAGUCUCCUCCUGCCAACACGCGGGCUACCCCGCGCUCCCUGAGUCUGACUGGGGUCCCACGGAGAACUGGUGCAACCCCCCUGCUCCUUCGCACUGGUCCUUAACGAGGUAUCCCACUGAAGGACUCUCACUGGUGCUAGAUGGCCUUCCCCUUUUGCCGUGAGCUUUCAUCGAGGCCCAUGGGACUACAGGUCAGGGGUCCCGGGUCCAGCCUGGACCGUCUGGGGACUCUCGAGCUGCCACCUCCCUCUGGACUGAGUUCCCUCUCCUUGAAGGCUCUUCUUUGAAACCCCGUGGGGACCAGAGAGGCCUCUGGCCUCCCUGAAUUCUGAGGAAGGAAUCCCAGGUCCCUCUACGUGCACCUUGCUCCCCGGCCUGAGGCCUCAUGCCCAUUUCCUGUGGGAGGAUUCCGUCUGCCCCCCUGGGCUUAGACAGAGCAGGGCCUCCUGGGGGUCUGCUUCCAAAGGAGCAAGAGCCCCGAUCUGAGGCCCCCAGGCAGCCGGGGGAGAGGAUGGACAUGGUGAUGACAGUUUCUGGGAUCUUUGACUCGUUCCCUCUGAAAUCCUCUGCGCUGUUCUCUAAAUAGUUACUGAAGGUACUCAGCCUAUAACACUGAUCCAAA